UAUAUAAAGUCUUAUUUUAUCUUUAAACAUGUUUCAAAUGGGACCUAUUCGAACUAGUAUUUCAAGUUGAGUUAUGGACUAGGGUAGCAAUUUUUCAUUGAUAAAAUUAUUUUCAUCUCUCUUGGUGAAACUCCACAAAUCCAUUUUCUCCUAGGAGGGCAAAACAAAAAAAUUCCCUUUUUGUAAGCUAUAUGCGCCAAACAGAGAGACUAAACACUAGUUUGCUUCUCUCAACUUUCUGUGUCAUGAGUCGACCGUUGCUGUUUUAGCCAUGCCGUUCUCUUCGUUUCCCGCCAAAUCAAUUGUUUGAACCUCUAAAUUUCUCUACUGUUUUUCUUGAAUAUGAACUUGUGUUUAGAGUAUCUAAACUGGCCAUAAACAAUAUGAAAUGGAAUGACAUGACUGGUCUUCCUCGUUGGUCUCUAAUGGAGGCUCCAACCUCACUAUCUCUCACAUCUCCUUUGGAUUCUUAUGCAUCUCUCCUGCAACAAACCCUUAGAAACAGAGACUCAUUUGCUGGAAAAUUGAUUCAUGCUCGAAUAAUCAAAUCCGGGCUUCACCUUGGUGUGUUCUUGAUGAAUAACCUCGUCAAUUUCUAUGCCAAAACUGGGUCUGUUUCUGAUGCCCACCACGUUUUCGAUGAAAUGCCUGUUAAGAACACUUCUUCUUGGAAUACUGUUUUAUCUGCAUAUGCAAAACAGGGUAGGAUGGAUGUAGCACGUCGCGUUUUUGAGGAAAUGCCUGAGCCUGAUUCUGUUUCCUGGACUGCACUGAUCGUGGGUUAUAAUCAAAUGGGUUGCUUUGAAAAUGCGAUUAAAUUGUUUCUAGAGAUGAUAGCAUGCAGAGUUUUGCCAACCCAGUUCACAAUAACUAAUAUUCUUGCUUCCACUGCUGCCAUUGAAGCACUGGAUAUUGGUAGGAAGGUUCACUCUUUUGCUGUUAAACUCGGGCUCAGUAGCUAUGUUUCUGUGGCAAAUUCCCUCCUCAACAUGUAUGCAAAGUCAGGUGAUCCGGUGACAGCAAAAAUUGUUUUCGAUAGGAUGAGAUUGAAGAACACGUCCAGCUGGAAUACUAUGCUUUCGUUGCAGAUGCAGUCUGGUCAGCUUGAUCUUGCUCUAAACCAAUUUGAGCAAAUGACUGAAAGAGAUGUAGUUUCUUGGAAUUCAAUGAUUGCAGGUUACAAUCAACUUGGAUUUGAUCUUGAUGCAUUAUAUACAUUCUCCAAAAUGCUCAAGGAUUUUUCUUUGAAGCCUGAUAAUUUUACCUUGGCUAGUGUUCUAUCGGCUUCUGCCAAUCUUGAGGAUUUGAAAGUUGGGAAACAAAUACAUGCUCACAUUAUAAGAACCGGAUUUGAUUCUUCUGGUCCUGUUGGAAAUGCUUUGAUCUCCAUGUACACCAAGUCUGGUGGGGUUGAAAUCGCUCGAAAGAUAUUAGAGCAAAGUGGGACUUCAAAUCUCAAUGUAGUAGCAUUAACAGCCCUACUGAAUGGAUACAUCAAGCUUGGGGAUAUAAAUCCUGCCAGAAAGAUCUUUGACUCAUUGAGGGACCACGAUGUCAUUGCAUGGACAGCUAUGAUUGUUGGUUAUGUGCAGAAUGGAUUCAAUGAUGAUGCUAUUGAGCUCUUUAGAUCAAUGGUUAGACAAGGGCCAAAACCAAACAGCUACACUCUAGCAGCAAUUUUGAAUGUGAGUUCAAGCUUGGCUUCUUUGGAUCAUGGAAAACAGAUCCAUGCAAGAGCCAUAAGGUCAGGGGAAGCAUUAUCUGUUUCAGUGAGCAAUGCUUUAAUUACCAUGUAUGCAAAAGCCGGAAGUAUUAAGAAUGCAAGACAGGUAUUCAAUUUGAUACAUUGGAAGAGAGAUACUGUCUCUUGGACUUCAAUGAUCAUAGCUUUAGCUCAGCAUGGUCUUGGAGAAGAAGCUAUAAAAAUGUUUGAGAAGAUGUUGGAAGUUGGUAUUAAGCCUGACCACAUUACAUAUGUUGGUGUACUUUCUGCCUGUACACAUGUGGGAUUGGUAGAGCAAGGCCGGAGCUAUUAUAAUUUGAUGCAAAAUGUUCAUGGAAUUGAACCCACCUCAAGCCAUUAUGCUUGCAUGAUUGACCUGUUUGGGCGUGCUGGAUUGCUGCAAGAUGCACAAAAUUUCAUAGAAAAUAUGCCAUUUGAACCGGAUGUUAUUGCUUGGGGUUCGCUUUUAGCUUCUUGUAAGGUUCAUAAAAAUGUGGAGUUGGCAAAAAUUGCUGCAAAGAGAGUGCUUCUUAUUGAGCCUGAAAACAGUGGGGCCUAUACAUCCCUUGCUAAUGUCUACUCUGCUUGCGGAAAGUGGGAGGAUGCUGCUAAGAUUAGAAAGUCGAUGAAGGAUAGAGGUGUGAAGAAAGACCAAGGAUUUAGUUGGCUUCAGAUUGAAAACAAAGUCCAUGUCUUUGGGGUUGAAGAUGCCUUUCACCCGCAGAGAGACGCAAUCUAUCAGAUGAUUGAAAAAAUCUGGAAGGAGAUUAAAAAGAUGGGUUUUAUUCCAAACACUGAAGCAGUAUUGCAUGAUCUUGAAGAAGAGGUGAAGGAGCAAAUUCUUAGACAUCACAGUGAAAAGCUUGCCAUAGCAUUUGGGCUUAUAAAUACUCCAGAGAACACUACUUUGAGGAUAAUGAAAAAUCUUAGAGUCUGCAAUGACUGUCAUACUGCCAUUAAAUUCAUCUCCAAACUCGUCGGAAGAGAAAUUGUUGUGAGAGAUGUCACACGUUUUCACCAUUUCAAGGAUGGUUCGUGUUCUUGUCGUGAUUAUUGGUAGAAGUCAACGAAGAUUUCCCCAAUACAUACAUGAUAUGAAGAUAUAAAACGAAAAAGUGGAUGAGAAUAGAUGCCUUUGCAUUUACCAUCAAAAGGUUCAGCUUCAGGUAACAAACAGAUCCUGCUUUCACUGAUCUGUCAGCACUUUCUUGCUUUCGAGUUUUGUGCAGAAACUGUGGCUGGAUACCUGGAUCUACGUAGGAAUUCUACUUGACGGGCUUUAAUCAAAGACUGUGAAAAGGAAUAUGUUGGUGUGUUGGUCUUUAACUUACUGAUAAUAAUUACCGCACAUUGUUUUACCCAGGUGGUGCCCUCCCGGUAUGUUAACCUGCUGCUAUUUUGAUAGGUGUGUAGUUCUCACAGAAAUCUAACUUCAAAUAUCAACCCUUACAUCAUUUAUCUAUAGCUAGAUUAAGAUUUUCAUUGUAGCUCAGAAUAUUUUACAGGAUUGGAAAAUAAUUAUUGUAAAGUAUGUGAAGUGGGCCCAAAGGCAAAUUCUAGGCUGGGUACUUCUUUUUUUGGAAUGCCUACUGAAGCUCUGAGGAUGCAUGUCAGAUGCUUAAGUGAUGUAGGAGUCCAAUUUGUGUAAUCCCCAAAGAAUUUAUAUGAGUUUAUGGUACCCAAUUCACUUCGUUGUUCACAACUACAGAGCUUUAUU